UCGCUAGUUUAGUCGUUYUGCGUACAGUGUGUGAAUGUGUGAGUGUUCACUGCUCAGUCACAAAUCAGUAAUCACAAUUCGGYGUUGUUAAMCGUGCGUAUCUUCUGUAGGACAUAAUAAAUUAAUAAACGUAAUUUUAUUUAUAACAAGUAACAAACCCAUAGGUUCCAUAAUCAUUUGAUAUCUAAAUAAGUAAUAAUCUAAACGUAUUCGUAUAACGCGAUCGGAGAGUGUAGUUCGAAUUGUAUUGUCUUGGAUCACCGCCGUGCAUUACGGUACCWUUAUCACCGUCGCAAGAUCGUUUYUUUACUACCGACGACAAAAACAGAUCUCAUGGCGCCUAACAUUAUCCGGCCCAGUCAAAUGUUGAUAUUCAAUUCAGGCAUGUGUUAUGUGGAACAGCGACAGCCCAUGGCCGUCGGGGACGUCGGCGGCGGAUCGUCGAUGKCGCCGAGAUCGCCGCCGGCCAAGCGGACGUACGUAAAAAACAUCUCGCCAGAGGAGAAAAUUUUGCGCAAAAAACUACGAAACAGAGAAGCAGCACAGUUAUCUAGGGAUAAAAAGAAAGCACAAUUCAAUAUUUUGUCUGGGAUGGUUCAUGGCUUAAGAAAAGAGAACAUACAUUUAAGAGAAGAAAUAGAAAUUUUACGGGCCAACCAAGAACAGUUGAUCACCGAAAAUGAAAGGUUACGAGAACAACUUUCCACCGAGUCAUCCAUACCAAAAUCUACAGUUACAGAAUUCUGUUCAACAGCAGUUGAUAACAAGAUUUCGAUUAAUGGACCUGCCGUGUCCAAUAGACACCCUCUGCAGAAGGGCAAACGGAAUCGAACAUCCUGUUUGAUGCUCUGUUAUCAGAUUCUAUUCCUAUUACUGACCAUUCCAUCCUACAUAAUCUCAAGCUUCCAGACGACGAUGACGAUAUGGACUGGCUUGACAACAAUGUAUCAAAACGUUUGGAGAAAAUUGCUGAUGAACUACUUGGCGAAAGUUUCCUUAAUGAAUGUUGUCUUGAUGAAAUGGUGGGGAGCACAUCAGAAAUCAUGGAACCCAGCCAAAAUAUUAAUUUACCCAAUGCAGACAUAAAAGUAAAAGAUGAGUUACUGUUCAUGCUAAACACAGACACAGACACACUUACAGAUACAGUUAAGAUUCCAACUGAAGAAAUAGACUUAU